AUGGCUGAUCAUUUGGAAGAGAUGGAUGAGAAGGUUGACGCCAACCGCAUCAUGGACCAAGCAGACUUCUUGGCCAACCAGUUCGAGAAGUUCACUCACGAUUUUCGUGAGAAAGGAGAGCCAGCAUGCUGUGAGAUGAUGACUGAAAGCUCGGAUCUUCUCAAAGCGAUUCGAAAGAACAACUCGGAACUUCGCGAGAUCGUCAUCAAAGUCAACGAGGAGUUCUCGACGUCGACGGUUCCGAUUCCAGAGUACGAUACUGUCGACAUGAAGUGCUUGUUAGGCGAUGAUCAGGUCCCAGAGAAGAAGACUCUUCUCGAACUGAUGAAGGAGCAGCAGAAGAAGGAUCAAGAGGAACUGGAGCGUAUUCUCCGCGAGUCGAAGGAUCUUCUCAACGACUUCGAACAUCUCAAAAAGGGAAUCAAGGCCUAA